UCACCAGCAGCGAGCGAUCAGCACGCAGAGCUGGAAAGAUGGCGGCAGGUUCUGGGGCCGCAAGCGGCCACGGAGCCCGCAGCUCUACCAAUGCCCUGGAAGCGUCUUUGGACCGGCGGUUUCAAGGAGUAUCCAACACUAUGGAGUCAAUACAGGGACUUUCGACCUGGUGCAUUGAAAACAAGAAGCACCACGGCCUUAUCGUUCGCUACUGGAUGAAGUGGCUCAAGAAAUCUGACAACAAUCAUCGCUUGAAUCUCUUCUACCUUGCCAAUGAUGUGAUACAAAACUGCAAAAGAAAGAACGCCAUUGUCUUUCGUUCAGCCUUCGCAGAAGCCCUACCUAAUGCUGUUCAGCUCAUCAAAGAUGGGAAGGUCCGUAAGUCAGUGGAGAGGAUCUUUACAAUUUGGGAGGAGAGGAGUGUGUACCCCGAGGAGGUCAUUUCCCAGUUAAAAGCCAGCUUUAACAAAAAGGAAAAGGAGCGAGAGAAGCAGAAGGAAAAAGAAAAAGAAAAAGAAAAGGAGAAAGAAAAGGAGACACCACCUUCACAUGCCCCAGCUAACACCAAAGCUGCCCUGAAGUCCAAGAUCGUAGCAGAGUUCACACCUCAAUCCCUCAUUGAACAGUUGUCGAGAUAUAAGAGAGCUGUUGCAGAAGAGGAGUUCAGGGAGAAGCAGCUGGCAGCUCUCAGGGUGGAUGUCUGCAGCACAGAGGCCCUCAAGAGACUUAAAGACAAGGCAGGAGGGAACAAGUUUGCUAAGGACUUUGAGGAUGGCAGUUUGAAGCUGCAGGAGUUCGUCAGCUUCCUGGAGAAAGAGUUGAAAACAGGGCCUCCUCUGCUGGAAGCUUUGGGAAACGCAGACAUUUUCUACGAGACGCAGUACAAGGAGGUUAAGAUUGUGGCCAAUGCAUACAAUGCCUUUGCCAACCGUGUGGCCAGUCUUAAAAGGAAAUUGGAUUCCCUCAAGUCGACUCUACCUGGACCUGAGGAUUCCCCCAUCCCCUCACCAUCUGAGGAUGCCCCCUCUCCGACCGGCUCUGACUCACCCUUCCUGGGACUGGGGGCCAGCAGGGUCCAGGUGGAUCCAGAGCUGGACGGUAAGGCCAUGGAUGAGGGAGAAAUACCGAAUGACAACAGAGACAUGGAGGACAUGGAUAUGUCUGAUGAAGAGGCUGAUGCCAUCACAACAGGGGCAGAUGAGAAGAAAGACAAGGCGUCUGCUGCUGUUUCCAAGGCUGCAAAGUCAGAAGCGGCGUCUAAGCUUCCAACAACACCUACAAAAGCUUCAAAGACAAAUGCUUCCGCUGCUGCCUCAGCCACUCCAGCGACUCCCACCUCUGCCACUGCUCAAAGUGCUCCAGCCACCCCUCUGGGAGUCAACCUGGCGAAGGUGGACUUGGGAAAGAUCAGCUCCAUUCUCAGCUCCCUCACAUCUGCCAUGAAGAAUACAGCAGCUAGUCCAUCACCUCGGCCAUCUCCUGGGACACCCACCACCCCGUCUGGCCAAUCAGCAGCCUCCAAAGCGACUCCUCCGAGCCCUGCCCUGGCUAGCAUCCUGUCACGUGUUGACAUCACACCUGAAGGCAUACUCAAUGCUCUGUCUAAAACAAACACACCGGGUUUGUCCUCUCUCCUGCAAAGUGUGACAAACACUGCCUCCGCUCCUCCUACCCGAACCUCACCAGAAUCAUCAACAGUUAAAACCCCACUCACCCCAACCACCCCAAAAACAAAACCCAGUCUGGGGAACAGUCUCAAACGAGACACUCCCGGGAGAACCAGAGACUGGGACAAAGAGAGACAGCUGUCCCCCCCUCCUCCACCCCCUCCUCGUCCCUCAGCUCCUUCUGUCUCUCCCCCCAGCCUAGAGUCAAAAAUCAACAGUUUCUUGCAGGGCAAUCCAGGUUUUAGCCUCGCUCUAGGUGACGUCAGUCCCGAUGGGGUGGAUGGGACCCCAGUGAGAGAUGAGGCUGCCGGCACCCCAACCCAGGAUGAGAUCAUGGACACACCUGGGAGUGUGCCAGAGUCUCUAGGGUCCUCAGGAGGUCAUAACCUCUCACCCACAGCCUACCGCAGUGAACCCUGGGAUGCUGUGAUCACUCCAUCAGGAAGCAACAGCGAUGGAGACUUUCUGGGCUCUUCCUCUUCUCGGUAUGGAGCUGGGAAAAAGAACAGCACAAAAUUAAAGGACGAUGAAGCAAACGUAAGGAGGCAGGUCUCCUCUUCCCCCAGCAAUGACAUGAAGGGUAAGAAAGAUGGGCAACACAGCCAGUUAAGGAUGAUGGGCAUCAACAGAGCAAUGGGAGAGAGGAGACUCUCCGCAGGCUCUCGUAAGGCGAGCACUGGCUCAGAUGACGGAGGAAAAAGAGAGGACAAGGGGAAAGGUCAAGAGUCUCCAGGUGGGGAUAGGAAAGAGGGUCAGUACCAUCGCAUUGAGACACUAGUGUCACCUUGCACUGAAGGGGCACCCAUCCAAACUCUAGGCUACUCUAACCGGCCUCUCGCUGGAGAGCGCAUCAAGACAGUAGAGAGCAUCCGCGUGAUUGGCCGAGGCUCUCGGCGAGGGGGAGGGGCUGGCGGCCGGCCAGGGGGAGCAAUGUGGUAUGAAGAGGAGGAAUACAUGGAAGCUCAGUCUCCCUCGCCCCAUGCUGUCCCCCCUCCUCUUAACAUUGGCCCGGGAGGCACAGAGGACAUGAACCCCUCCAUGCCUCCUCCUCACCCACAACUCCUCCUGCCCCCUCAUCUCCACCCUCCUCCAUCCCACCCUCACCUACAUCCCCCUCCCCAGUUCCAAAUGCCCUACCACACAGAGAACAUCCAGACCCCUCCUCCAUCACACCUCCACCAGCAUCCUCCUCCAACAUCCCCUUUCUUUAGCGGUCCUCCACCAAUCCCUCGACCCCCUCCUCCCCCUGUACCACAGCGCCCUUCCCCUCCACCCACCCACCCUGCUGUGCCCACUGCAGUCAUGGUGGGAGGGGUGUUGGUCCCUGUUGACCGUCCUCUAACUCUUCCUCCCCCAAUCAGACCAGAAGGUGCAGAGCGAGGCGGAGUGGGGCCCAGAGGACACAAAGUGGCCCCUCCACCCCUCAUGACGUCGUUGCUGGGCGAGCCACCCCGUCCUGGCACAGUUAAAGAGCCUUUUGUCCCACGCCAUGCACCCCCUCUCCAUCGUCCAGGUACCCCAGGUGUACCUCCACCUUUACUGGGCAGAGUGAAGGAACCUAUGAAUCUACCUCUUCCAUCCCCCUCUCCUUCUCCCACAUCCUCCACACCCUCUCCCUCCACGCCUAACUCCCCUGCAAUCGACAGUGCCCCCGCUCGCCUUCCUGCUCAGUCCUCUGCCCCUCCCCUCCAGAAACCCCCCACUAGUCCUCCAGCUCCACCCCGCAGCCAACCCUCCAACCCUGUUCCCCUCCUCAACUUGCCCACUCCUCGGCCCCCAAUCCUCUCAGUCCCCAUCUCACAGAGACCUCUGCUGCGAGGCCGAAACCCUUCUCAGCAAGACCUUCCCAUGGGGGGGUUUCGUGGGGGAAAGCGGCCCGGUCCUCCAUUCACAGGCGGUCCCUUCCAUCACGGGCAGAAGAGACCCUUCCUACCCCCACGCUACUGAAGUGGUCACCUAUGACAAGCUGAAUGAGAAGUGCAAGCCACACAUCUAGCAGCGCAGUGUGUGUGUUAGCCCCACUGGUAUGAGCCCAGAUAUCUUUACUCUGUUAAUUAACUCGAAUUAAAACUACCUUGAGUCGUGUGUAAAUAGCUGAUUAAAUCUUUAUGCUUCAGCUAGGUAGCCAGCCAGUCAUCUUACACUGUACAAUACAGCUAAGAGGUUAUCAGUUACAUAGUGCAGAGUGUUGUGUAACAACCCUCAAUCUAACCCUUUUUCCAUUUCUCCUUACACAGUAGAAAAAAAGUGUCAUUAGGUCUGAUUCAAGAGUGACGUAACCAUAGGAAGGAAAUAGAUAGUUCAAGCUGAAAUGAAACCAUAUUUAAUUUAGAGUUUUCCUACCUGUGUGAUUGUUGAGUUACUUUACCUGAGAGAGAGCAGGAGAGUGAAACAGAGAGGUAUGUGUUUCAUGGGAUAUAGCGGAAAAGAAACUACACACAGUAGUUUGAUAUUCUGGGAAAUAAGCCCAUUUGUUUUUUUGUUUAUUCUGCCUUGAUUUGGAUGAGAAGAUCAGUCCAUCUGUCUGCAAAAUAUGAAGCUACAACCAGUAGCCAGUUAGCUUAGUUUAGCGUAGACUGGAAAUGGGGGAACCAAUAGCCUGGCUCUAUCCACAGGUACAAAAACAAAUUGGUCUACAAGCACCUCUGAAGUUAGGUCUGCCCCCCCCCC